UUUGCGGUAUAUUUUGAAAUUAAAAAGGUAUAUUUCUGAGGGUCAGAGCGGUAUAUUUGAUCGAUGAACCCGCUGUCACACUGAUAUGCUUCUUUUCCAAGAUGUCCUUUAAGCCAAUUGACCCAAAACGAGAUGAGAUCCGUCGCUAUCUGGAGCGCGGCAGCGUUCUGGAUUCGCUCACCAAGGUCUUCAUACGCGUCAUAAAAGAGCGGCCUGAAAAUCCAAUGGAGUACAUUCGCAACAACAUUGGUGCGGUCCGCCAUCAGCAUGACAAGUACGAGCGGCUUCAGGAGCAAUUGCAGUCGGCCAACGAGGAAAUACAACGACUUCGCGGCAUUAUUAACACCAUUGACCCCGAAGCUCUGGAGGGAAAAGCUUCGCUCCACUCGAGCGAGCUCUUCGACGAAUCUGAGCUCCAAAAUGUGGCUACAAUUGAGGCUGCUAUUGAGAACGUGGGACCACAUGGUGUCGAGACGGUUUUGCCAGAGCCAAGCGCUGUAACUGAAGAAGCUGCAGGUGCAGUUGCAGCUGUGAACAACAGCGUUGAGCAGCUGACAGCCGCUGUGGAAGUUUGUCAGAUCGAGGAGAAAAUUGUGGCCGCUGUCGCAGAGGCUGCAAAUGAUAGUCCAACCCAAAGCCCAUCCGUCCAGGCUGAAGCCAGUAGCACCACCGACAAUACCGAGUAAAUCUCACUUCUGACUCUCACUCAAAACACAUUCCAUGCGAAAUGAAAUCAUCCAUUUAGAACAUGUUUAAGUAUUUUCUUAAAUGUAAAUAAACUACAACAUUAAAAGCACUCACGAUAUGCUA